AUGGAGGAGGUCGCCGGCGGCGGUUCAUCCUGGCCGUACGCCAAGAAGCCGCAGCCGCACCAGCUGGGGCGGUCGCUGACGUACCACCACCCCUACCAGGGCCAGGGGCGCCGCCUGCAGCCUGCGCAGCGCCACCAGCUCCCUGACGUGCGUGCCCCGCGGCCGGCGGUGGUGCUCUACACGACGUCGCUCCGCGGCGUGCGGCGCACCUUCACCGACUGCUCCGCGGUGCGCGCCGUGCUGCGCGGCUUCCGCGUGGCCGUGGACGAGCGCGACUUGUCCAUGGACGCCGCGCUCCGGCGGGAGCUCCAGGGGCUGCUCGCGGCGCGGGGCCGCGCCUUCUCCCUCCCUCAGCUCUUCGUCGGGGGCCGGCUCGUCGGCGGCGCCGAAGAGGCGAGGCAGCUGCACGAGGCCGGCGAGCUGCGGCGCCUCCUCGAAGGCGCCGCGGGGCAGGACCCGGCCUUCGUUUGCGACGCCUGCGGGGGUGUCCGCUUCGUGCCCUGCCCCGCCUGCGCUGGCUCCCGCAAGGUUUUCGUGGAGGAGGAAGGACGCACCAGCUGCUGCGGCCUCUGCAACGAGAACGGCUUGGUACGAUGUCCCGCUUGUUCUUCUUGA